AUGAAGGUUGCCCUCGCCGGUGCUGGUCAAGUUGGCCUUUGCUUAGCUACCGAAAUUUCCAAGUCCGAGGAUGAACUUGUUGUUCUGACGAGUACUCUUAAGCCGAGCUUCGAACUUUUGAAAGCUGAGGUCUGUCUCACCGAUUACUCCCUCGACAACUUGAAGAGAAAGCUCGAUGACUGCGAUGCGGUAGUCUCGACGCUCAGUAGCCCUAACGAGUUCUAUAUUUCUGCGCACACCAACAUCCUUGAGGCAUGCAAGAAGAACCCACUUCGCGAGAUCGGACUCGCAUGGGCGAUAAACCAUAGUGCGAAGGUCUUCGACAUGUAUAGUGAUGGUUUGCAGAAGGUCACUUUGACAUCUACUGCAGAUACAGCACGGGCCGUGCUCGCUGUCCUACGGAACAGCAUCAACAACGGCGCCAAUUUAUCGCCAGUCACUCUCCUGUCUGGGCACACUUUGACCUACAGGGAGCUUUUCCAAUUUAUCCAAUCACGCGACCCUGCCUGGGAGUUAAACCCAGUGGCCCUUUCGGAAGUCCUUAGGGACAUACUUGAAGGUUACAAGGAGAAUGGCCCUGGUUUAGCCAUCCACCAGAUGAGGAUCCUUGGAUUUACGAAUGCAAAUCACAACCCCAGGGAGAAAGCCUUAGAAUGA